GCACCUUUUUUUUCCCGGUGGGAACAGCGCACGCGCGUCUCUUCAGGACCCAACUGUCGUUUGUUUGUCGUUCGUGGCCCUCAUUUGUGUCCCGAGACUGGAACACUGCGACGUGGCUCCAGGAGCUUGGGGAGCAGCCAGUCCCUUUUUGGUCCCUUCCAGUGACGGAGGGGAGCUGUUAGCUUCUCCACCAGCUGCAGAGCAGCCAAGGUGGCCCAUGGACAUGCCAGAGGACCAGGCAGGUGGCCCCACUGCAAAAAUGUACCUCUGGGACCAGGCAGAGGACGGGAGCCUGGGGACACUGCUCAGCUUAGAGGAGCAAAUACUCAACUCCACGUUCGAAGCUUGUGACCCCCAGAGAACAGGCACUGUGGCUGUGACCCAUCUGCUAGCCUACCUGGAGGCCGUGACUGGACAGGGUCCCCAGGAUGCUCGCCUCCAAACACUGGCCUGCAGCCUGGACCCCAAUGGGGAGGGCCCUCAGGCCACUGUGGACUUGGACACCUUCCUGGUGGUCAUGCGGGACUGGAUCACUGCCUGUCAGCUGGAUGGGGGAUUAGAGCUGGAAGAGGAGACGGCCUUCGAGGGAGCCCUGACCUCCCAGCAACUGCCAUCUGGACGCCCAGAAGUUGAGGAUCCGGCCAAUCUGGAGAGCUUCGGAGGCGAAGACCCCAGACCUGAGUUGCCCGCCACCGCCGACCUGCUGAGCAGCCUGGAGGACUUGGAGCUCAGCAACCGCCGGCUGGCUGGGGAGAAUGCCAAACUGCAACGCAGUGUGGAGACAGCCGAGGAGGGGUCCGCACGCCUCGGGGAGGAGAUCUCAGCCCUGCGCAAGCAGCUCCGCAGUACCCAGCAGGCUCUGCAGUUUGCCAGGGGCAUGGAUGAGGAGCUGGAGGACCUGAAGACUCUGGCCAAGAGCCUGGAGGAACAGAACCGCAGACUUCUGGCCCAGGCCCGGCACACGGAAAAGGAGCAGCAGCGUCUGGUGGCCGAGAUGGAGACUCUGCAGGAAGAGAAUGGGAAGCUCCUGGCCGAGCGGGAUGGAGUGAAGAGGAGGAGUGAGGAGCUGGCCUCGGAGAAGGACAUCUUGAAGCGGCAGCUCUACGAGUGUGAACACCUCAUUUGCCAGCGAGACGCCAUCCUCUCCGAGCGCACUCGCCAUGCAGAGAGCCUGACCAAGACCUUGGAGGAGUACAGAGCCACAACCCAGGAACUGAGGCUGGAAAUUUCCCACCUGGAGGAGCAGCUGAGUCAGACCCAGGAGGGGCUGGAUGAGUUAUCCGAAGGGGCCCAGGUGAGGAGAGCGGACUGCACCAACCUGCUGCCGCCGUCGCUGGGUGUGGAGAUCCAGGCCAUUCAGCAGAAACAAGAGGAGACACCCGUCGAUUUCUCCAGCCCACUGUGUGGAGUGUGGCCGUGGGAGGAGGUGGUCAGUGAGGCGGAUGGGGAGGAAGAGCUUCCUCCUGAAACCCCCUCGGGGGAGGAGAGAAACUCGCAGGAAGAGUCAGCGCAGCCUCAGGAAGGAAGGGAGGAGCCAUCCACGAGGUUGCCCAGAAGAGAGGAAGAGGACGAAGCGGAGAUCCAGGUCGUGGUGGACCUCCCCAUCCAUCCAGAAGACUCACACCCUGGAGACAUCCUCGGAAACCCUCCUGAGAGGGUCAGCCGGCACCUCCUGAUCCCGGCGCCACUCCUGGGCCUGCUGCUGCUGCUGCUCUCCGUCCUGCUGCUGGGCCAGUCCCCGCCCCCCACAUGGCCCCACCUCCAGCUCUGCUACCUCCAGCCUCCUCCAGUGUGAGCCAUGCCCCACCCCUGCAGAGCAGUGUCUAGUUCGGUGACUUCCUGGGGCUCUUUCUACUGUUACUCCCGUGGUUGUGCCACUGUGACUUGGGAUUAUCCCGCUGUCAGGGGCCCCAGAUACAGUGCUCCAGGAGCCACACCUCUGUAUUGGGUUUUUAUGUGCAGUCUCUUGGGUUUUUAAUGAUAGCAAAAUACUAGGGGUUAUAGUUUCCUCACAAACCAAGUCUGAAGAAGGGCAGCUGUCAGCCCACAGCUCAGUCUCCAGAGCAUUGGGACAGAGUGCUGUAAUUGUCUCUACCUUUCUUGGCCCUUCCCUUGUGCUCAGGAGAUGACACUGUAGCUUCAUAAGUGAUGUCUGCAGAGAGAAGGGGACACACAUCCCUUCCUUUUUAUAAAGGAAAGCUAUAGCUUUCCCAGAGCCAGCAGCAGACUCUGCCUUGUUGGCCAGAACUGUUCGCCAUGACCACUCCUCGCUGUAAGGGCAGCUGGGAGACUCCUGGCAGAAAGAGGGAGAACGAGAUGUGGGCUACCGCGCGCAGACACACAGAUGUCACCAACAGCCAGCAGGAAAGGAUGUGCCAUUUGUUCAUUCAGCUCAUUCUUAGUGACCAUCUAUUUGCCAUGGCUAGAUCUUAGAAGACAGAAAAUCAGACCCUCCAAUGCCAGGCUGAAGAGUGUUGAUUUUUCUCCUGAGGAUGACAGGGGUUUGGGGAUGUUUUGUUACUUGUUUUUGGUUAUUUACUUUGUAAUUAAGCUGUAACUGACAUACAGUU